CCAACAUGUUCAGUGUUAAUUCCAUGCUCAACCAUGCUCUUUGGACGUAUUGUGGGACAUCCCAAUGAAACAUAAGAGUAUGUUAAUGUUGGUGGUGUGUCAUCAAAUAUAACUUUCGGUGCAGCUGCCCUUUCUGCUCGUUUUUCCUGCCCAAAAAUCGCAUUUAAUUUAAUUCCAAUGUCAAUUUGCGUGUGAGUGGUGCAUUCAAAAGUGACACCCACUGCAUCAUUUUCCAAAUUGAGCAGGUGGAAAGUAGUAAAAUGAGAAAACUCAGCGUCAACACAGGUGGUGUGCAGAGAGUCCCAAAGGCACCACUUGCAAAACGCGUUGCACCACCAGCAGUUCCGGAUGUCUAUCGUCAUUCGGGGAGUUCUUUUGGAUCUGUUAGCUUUGCCUCUUGCGAUGAGUUGGAUGACCGUGCCUUGCCGGUGCCACCGCCGCAACUAACGCAUAAAGCAGCCGUGCUGUUUCACCAACAAAUGGCCCUGCAGGAGGAUCAGGGUAUCGAUCUGACACAGUCACCUGGUCGCGAUAGCCCAGGAUCAUCUUCCGGGAGUGCUGGAAGUGGUUCCAGGCACUCCACGGUGUCCCUCGACUCGGGCAGAGCAUCGUCGUAUCUCACAACAUCCACCCGAGGGGCACUCUCAUCACCACGAUGUUCAAUGUCGUCCUGUUCCAUUACAUCCGUCGAUAGAAUGGCACGCAAUGAUUACGAUAUCAUCCAGGAGUGGCUUGCAGAGAUUCAAUCUGAGGAAUACGCACAGUGCUUUGCAGCUGCUGGCUAUGACUUACCCACGGUGGCUCGUAUGACCCCGGAAGAUUUAACAGCAAUUGGCAUAAAGAAUCCACACCAUCGUGAACGAAUUAAAGCUCACAUUGAUGCCCUACACUUAGCCGAUGAGCUACCCAACUAUGUUCCAGGUAGUAUUGAUGAGUGGCUACAUCUGUUGCGCCUUGAGGAGUAUGCGGGCCCAUUGCUUGCCCAGGGCUAUCAAACAGUACGCGAUGUGACACAGCUCACGUGGGAGGAUCUCGAGGAUAUUGGUAUUGUUCGGUUGGGCCAUCAGAAGAAGAUUCUUCUAGCAAUAAAACGCGUUCAGGAUAUCAUAAGCGGCAAAUGGGUCGCAUCGCCAGGACAAUGCAUUGCCAAAAUUCACCAAGAGUGUGCCAGGAAUAUUUAUCCACGACACUGUGAAAGCACUAAACUUACAGACGACAUCGUAGUUAUACAGGUGAGACAGACACGCCGGAAGAGCUUGGAAAGUCUAGAAGAUCCUGAUGAACGUAUGAUGUCAUCACACUUAACCUUUAACAACGUACCAGAUACGCUGUACUGCCAUCAAAAUUCCCCCAUUUAUCAGAUUCAUCCCUAUUCUAGCAAAAUCGGAACCCCAUUUACAAACAUGCCUUGGCGUCGUUCGUAUGACGAUGGUGACAUCACACCAACUAAUGAGACAACCACGUGCGAGGAAACAUCACAGGGGGGUGGUACCCUCCCCAGACACGUACGAGGUGGCGCACGAGCACGACCUGUAGCGAAAGUUGUGGCACUGAGUGGGCCUCCGCGCCAAAUUGCAUCCCCCGAGAAGGGUGGGAAGUUUUGGAAGAAGGAACCACCAUCACCACCUCGUCGCCAAGUGCCGCAGAUUGCAGCCGAUAUGUACAUUCCGCCUCACUACCAAAAUCAUCUGCACUGCACCACAGUUGAGGUACACAAUGUUCGCAAUCAGGAAGCCAGAUCAACAAGCAGCAUCGAUAGCAUCGAUGCUAUGCCGUUUGCAAAUGACAAUGCAGGUACAAUAAAACAGCGCCUCAGUCGUGAGGGACAUCACGUCUCAUUGUCAUCAUCAUCCUCUUCGACUUCCUCCACGUCGUCUGCAAAGACUGUCGCCCACGCAUUCGAUGGGCCCUCACCCGAGGGCCCGCCACUCGAUUCAAAUGUUCUCAAUGACAUUGGCAAUAUGCUGGCAAACUUAACAGAUGAGCUAGAUGCUAUGCUGGAAGAGGAGAAGCGCCAGGGUUUGAAUGACAACGAGUAGGGGCUGCAUAUGGCUGCAUUGUGUGGAAUCCUUGGCGGCCGCAAAGACUGACUGCACGCGCAAGGGAAAUUGUAUCUUAAAAUUAAAUAAAAAAAAUAUGUUUAUGUAAUCCUCAAUGAAAUCUAUAAAUAGAAAAGCGAUUCCAUGGAUAAAGGAAAAAAAGUAAUAGUCUAUAACUCGCCUAUGGUAUAGUCAUGGGAUACGUGAACUGGCAUUUGAUAUGUACUGUAAUUUAGAUUUAAUUGCAAAGAAAA